AUGGACAAGCAGAGACCCAAGCAGAAUAACAGCACUGCUCCAAAAGUCCAAACAGCCGAGCAGUGCACACAGACUGAGGACAAAACUACCUCAGAGCUGAUUGAGGAGCUGCAGACAGCACAUGAAGAUCUACAACAGUGGACCACAAAACUCCAGUCCAGUGAGGAGCAGGAGGAGGAAGGUGAGCAGGAGCAGGGAGAGAGGGUCCAAGUCCCGGUCCUGAAAGGUGGAAUCUUUAACCUCAGUGUCAAGCUGCAGCAGGAACAAGCCACAAGAACUGUCAGCUGCACCACUGAGGAGGAGAGCUCCAGCCACGCUGCCCAAAACAAGGAGGUUGAGGAGAUCAACCUUAAAUUCCAGACACUCCAGCAGGAUCUGCUCAAGCAAGCCCUGAGCUUGAAGACAGCAGUGAAACCCAGACAACCUCCAAUUAAAUAUGUCUGGGUCAGAACUCACCGAGACAUGCAGCAGCACACAGACCUGCUGGAUAAGGAGGACAUCCAGAAAAUGAAGACCUCCUUCACACAGCUCAGGUACUUCUCAGGUAAUAUUGACCCAUCAUUUGGUGUCACAAAACAAUGA